AUCCUGCAGGGCGGAGCUUCAGACCUGCUGUCAACUCCUCUGACGUCGCGUGUCUUUAGGUUAAAUGUGGUGUUUUGAGUUAAUGAAAGUCCUGAUACAGGUCUCAGUUCAGUGACCUGCUCUGUGAUGAAGUGAGGGGCGCGUGCUGAAAGUAAGAAGCGAGUUUAAAGAGAGGAAGAGGAGAAGACACGCUGCAGGUUAAUCCUCGCUUCUGCACGAGUCCCUUCAAGAGUCUGAUGGUUUCAAAGUUCCUCAGAAACCCCAAAACCUAGAGACUAUUGACAGGACCAGGUUAGUGAUUAACAGUCCUCCUCCUCCUCCUGUGAAGCAGACAGCUGCUCAGAGUCCCAGCACACAGCAGCAGAGAGCAGCUCAGUCCGCUUCACCAUGCUCUGCGUCCGCGCCUGGAGAGCCAUGAACCCUCACCUGUCCGCGUGGAAGCAAACCCUCAACUACUCCUCAGCUGCCAGGCUGGACCUCAGCGGGAUCUACCCCCCCAUCGGCACCCCGUUCACCGAGAAAGAGGACGUGGACUACCAGAGACUGGAGGAAAACCUGCAGAAAUACGCACAGAUACCGUUUAAAGGUCUUGUGGUUCAGGGCUCUAACGGUGAGUACCCGUACCUGACUGAGGAUGAGCGGGUGGAGGUGGUGAAGACGGUCAGAAGAUCUCUUCCUGCAGGAAAGCUGUUGCUGGCCGGAUCAGGAUGUGAAUCCACCAGAGCUACGGUCGAGCUCACCGAGAAGAUGGCCGCAGCCGGAGCGGACGCGGCGCUGGUGGUGACGCCGUGCUUCUACAAGGGCAAGAUGGACAGCCGGGCUCUGGUGCAGCACUUCACGAAGGUGGCAGACAGCAGCCCGGUGCCGGUGGUCCUGUACAGCGUGCCGGCUAACACGGGCCUGGAGCUGCCGCUGGACGCCGUGGUGCAGCUUGCUCAGCAUCCAAACAUCCUCGGCCUGAAGGACAGCGGAGGAGACAUCACACGGAUCGGCCUGAUUGUUCACAAAACCAAAACGCAGGAUUUCCAGGUGUUGGCCGGCUCAGCAGGGUUCCUCAUGGCCUCCUACUGUGUUGGAGGUCUGCUUUCUAAAAAGCCCCUCCGGCCGGGCCGGGGCCCGCGCUGGAAUCAGGCCAUGGACGCAAUUCAACAGCGCACCUCUAACGAGUACUUCUCCACCAGAACAGAUGGUGGCGCUAAUACCUGUUCACCUGGGGUUCACCUCUCAUUACACAUGCACGGCUCACAAUACCUGACGAGUGGAGGAGAGUAG